GCGGGGUCGGGGGAGGGGGCAGCAUGGCCUGUCCGUCCGGCCCCCUCCGCCGCCGCCGCUCUCCUCCUCUACCCCGCGCCGAGCGCCGCCGCCGCCGCCGCUCCACUCGCCCUGCCGCCCGCCGCGGGUCCCGAUGGAGACAGACGCGCCUCAGCCCGGCCUCGCCUCCCCGGACUCGCCGCACGACCCCUGCAAGAUGUUCAUCGGGGGACUUAGCUGGCAGACCACGCAGGAGGGCCUACGGGAGUACUUCGGCCAGUUCGGAGAAGUGAAGGAGUGUCUGGUGAUGCGGGACCCACUGACCAAGAGAUCCAGGGGGUUUGGCUUCGUCACUUUCAUGGACCAGGCAGGGGUGGAUAAGGUGUUGGCCCAAUCCAGGCACGAGCUGGACUCCAAAACGAUCGAUCCCAAGGUUGCAUUCCCUCGUCGAGCACAGCCCAAGAUGGUGACUCGGACCAAGAAGAUCUUUGUAGGGGGGCUGUCGGUGAACACCACGGUGGAAGAUGUGAAGCAAUAUUUUGAGCAGUUUGGGAAGGUGGAUGAUGCCAUGCUAAUGUUUGACAAAACCACCAAUCGACACCGAGGGUUUGGGUUUGUCACAUUUGAGAGUGAGGACAUCGUGGAGAAAGUCUGUGAGAUUCACUUCCAUGAGAUCAACAACAAGAUGGUAGAAUGUAAGAAAGCCCAGCCAAAGGAGGUGAUGUCGCCUACAGGAUCUGCCAGGGGGAGGUCCCGGGUCAUGCCCUAUGGGAUGGAUGCUUUUAUGCUGGGCAUUGGCAUGUUGGGUUAUCCAGGUUUCCAAGCUGCAACCUACGCCAGCCGGAGUUACACGGGCAUUGCACCUGGCUAUACCUACCAGUUCCCUGAAUUCCGUGUAGAGCGGACCCCUCUCCCGAGCGCCCCCGUCCUCCCUGAGCUCACAGCUAUCCCGCUCACCGCUUACGGACCGAUGGCCGCCGCAGCCGCAGCAGCCGCUGUUGUGCGAGGGACAGGAUCUCACCCCUGGGUGCUGGCUCCCCCUCCAGGUUCGACACCGAGCCGUACGGGGGGCUUCCUGGGCACCACGAGUCCCGGCCCCAUGGCCGAGCUCUAUGGGGCAGCCAACCAGGAUUCUGGGGUCAGCAGUUACAUCAGCGCCGCCAGCCCUGCCCCCAGCACUGGCUUUGGCCACAGCCUUGGGGGUCCCUUGAUUGCAACAGCCUUCACCAAUGGGUACCACUGAGUCAGGGGAUCAAGGAGGCAGGAGAGCCCUCAUCGGCAGCUGCCUGAGGACAGUGAGCUCGGACCUGCCCAGCCAAAGGGGAAAGGGGAAGGAGGCUCGGCCCAUCACCCCAUCCCCUUGCCAAGCUGCACACUGCCUGCAGGCUGUCAGGCUCCCCGCCUGCCCCACCCCGCUCCCUCCUCCCCCUCUGCCUCCCAGCCCACCCCAGUGACAUCAUCUCACUGCCCUUACUAACCUCCCCCCCUCCCUUUGCCAACCCUCGGCUUCUAUUUAUUUUGGAGUAGAUGGUAGCCUCCUGGUUUUCUCCCAUUGGGUUUGCGCCCCUUUCCUUCCCUUCUCUUCGCCCCAUCGUGUAGGUCUCCUGAAAUGGCUCACGUGCUUGUGUUUAGCUAGGAUGAUGGCGGGGAGAUGUGUGGGGACCCAUGCCUCCCCCCUCCCCGACUUUGUUUUAUUGUUUUGUUUUUUAAUUCUGAUCUCUUUCUUUCCUUUUGUCUUUUUCU